GUAUGGUGCCAAACACCCCCUCCAGCCAGCGUAAUGGAACGUCAGAUCCUUGUGGAUCCGCACUCGCCAUCACAGUACAGGGUUUGGGGAACGAUUCAGAACUUCCCUGCCUUCAAAGAUGCCUUCCAUUGCCAAUCAACGGCUUAUGCUCCCGACAAGCACUGCGACGUGUGGGUAUCCGAUAUCGAUUCCUGUAAGUCAGAUAAGGAAGUAAAACCCGCUGUCAACGUAUCGGCUGAUCCGUGCACGGACUUUUGGCAGUAUGCAUGUGGAAAGUAUGACAAGCUGGUGAGUCUCCGAUGUUCGAAAUUCAGAAGCUGCACUCUCCACGAGUGUUUUAUACAUAUUGGAAUACAAAUGGUGUCAUUCCAUUUUGCUGAUGCCAACAACCUUCAGAUAAUGGCAGGUCAACUGAACAGUCCGUCAUAUCAGGCUACUAUCAAGAAUUCCACUGCGUUGACGAAAGAAAAACAGUUCUCAGACGCUUGCAUCCAGGCCACUUUGGAUAAUACCACGACGCAAAGCAUUCUCGUUAAUAAAAAUUACCUAAAGCCUCGAGUAUGUUCAACAGUUUCCGAAAUUUGCCCAUGCAAACCUAUGGAAAUAGACUUUUCACAGGUGGAUGCGUUGGCUGGAUUUUUGGGUUCAACAUUUACCUACGUAUACGGUGGCACUGUCAACCAACUGCCUAAUCCUACUCAGUUAGCCAACGCUAUGGCGUAUUUGUCAUUCAACCAGGGUAUUGAUACUCUUGUAACGCCUUUAGUGGACACAAACUGGGCAGAUCCCACAAAAGGCUACAGGAUGUUCCUUGAUCAGAACACUGCUUACAUGAGCAAAACCUAUUAUCAGCCGGAUGCAUUCAAAACCGUAAAGGACGAUUACGUUACUUCAACGACUAAAAUCAUCACCAGAUUCAUGAGGGAGCAGAAUCUUACUGUAAACGCCAACCUCAGGGAUCAAGUGCAAGGUCUUAUCGAGUUCGAACAGAUGAUAGCCAACACAUAUAGUACCGACGACACCACUCGUCGGACGUACGCUCGUUCAUGGAAUCUGAAGAGUAUUGACGAUGUUCAAAAGAAUUAUCCGUUCAUCGACUGGAAAACUUAUAUAAGUCAGGUACAGCCAUCUGAAUUGAUCUCAAGGAAUACAACUGUUCCCUUUGGUUCGCAUCCCACCCAAUACGCAAAGUUCAACAGCGACUACAGUACUCUGGACAAAACUAAGCUGAUCAACUACCUCUUCAUGCGCCUUCUUCUGCAAAACGUUCAGUACCUUCCGACGUAUGCAGACACAUUGACUGAAAUGCCGGUGGAGCCACUGGUGCUGGGCCGUAAGCGACGCGUGUCUCGGUUUGGGAGGAGCGAUCAACUUGCUGAUACUCAAGCUAGCUGCGCUGGAAUGGCCAACGAUUUGAUGCAAUUCGCGAACGGACGGGUCUUCAUCGAUUACCUCUAUCCGGAUCAAGAUUCCAAAGCCAUGAUCAGGGAGAAGGCGGGCGGAGUAAUCAAAAAUGUGAUCCACUCUUUCCAAGGAAUGAUCGAGGAGUUGAACUGGAUGACACCUGACAUCAAGAAGAAAGCCAUCGAAAAGACCAAUGGAAUCGUGCAAAACAUUGCCUUCCCCGAUUGGAUUAUGGACAACAAACAACUUGAUGCUUACUAUAACGAUCUCACGUUUGAUCCCACAAAGGAGAACUACUACGACAUGUGGACCAAACUCAUAAUUUUCAACCUUGGCCUUCAAUAUAAGCAGCUGAAUGCUGCUGCCACUGAUCGUAACGAUUUCCUUGGACAACCGGGUACAGUAAAUGCUUGGUAUCAGCCAGAACUUAACUCCAUCACAUUCCCUGCUGGCAUUCUUCAACCUCCUUAUUUCCACCCACAAUGGCCAGCUUCAAUAAAUUAUGGAGGAAUGGGCCUUGUUGCGGGGCACGAACUGACUCAUGGAUUCGACGACGAAGGUGUGCAAUGGGGACCGGGAGGAGAGAUCGCAUUCCCAGCUAAUCAGAAUUGCACCGGCUGGAUGGAUGAACAGUCAACCGCUGGAUUUAAUUCAAUGGCACAAUGUGUUAUCAACGGUAUUCACGCUGCUUUCCGUGCCUAUCGCACGCACAUUGCCUUGAAUGGACCGGAUCCUUUGCUGCCUGAUCGACUCUUUGGACAGUUUACCCAUGAUCAGCUGUUCUUCUUGAAUUUUGCCCAAGUCUGGUGUGAAAAGCAACGCACAGAUGAUUUGCUAUAUAAACAACUUAUGGUCGACCCUCAUUCGCCAUCAAAAUACAGAGUGUUCGGAACAAUUCAGAAUUAUCCAGCCUUCCGAGUUGCAUACAAUUGUCCGAUCAAUUCAGUUUAUUCUCCCAGUCAACAUUGUAGCGUAUGGGUAACAGAAAAUGAACCAUAG